AUUAACCACUUAAUUGAUCUUUUUCGUUUUUAUUUCCUCACGUUUUAUUCAACUAUUUACAUAUUUAUAUACACGCUAAAAUUGUUUUAUUAUAGUAGUUGUGAGUUUUUAAAAUUAUUCGUUGGAUUAAUUAUCAGAAGAAUUAGAAAAAUGGCUUAUGUAAAUUCUAGUGGUGAGGUUCGUGAUCGUGCUGAUUUUUCUAUUGUCAAGACAUUUUGGAAUUUCGUCUAUUUCGUGACAUUUUUUUUCCGUGCACUUCUUGCGCCUUUAUUCGGUAAUGCUCAAAGUGAUCCAGAUGCCCAAUCCCGUUAUCGAACAAAUUUACGAGGAGGUGGUGACGGCUGGGGAGGAGGCGGCGGUGGUGGUGGAGGUGGAGGAUGGAGACCUGGUAAUAAAUAUAUAUUAAUUUAA